AUGCCUUACCGCCCGGAAGCCGAGUUGAAACGACCCGAUCUCAAGGGCGAGUUCCUCUGUGGACACUGCGGUAAAACGUUCUGCCAUGCGGCGUCGCUCAAUCGACACCGUCUCAACUUCCAUGGAGACGACCAACAGUGUCUUGUGUGUGCAACGAAGAUCCCACACAAUGAGACAAUCCGCCGUCACAUGCAAACACAGCACGACAUCCAUCGUGUCUUCACAUGUGGAUGCUGCAAUUGGACGUUCCCGGACAAGAAGGAACUUCAUUCACACAACAACUCAAUGAUGAAAUCCGGACUGCCGGGAGAUGCAAAGGUCAUCGCUAUGAGCAGUCGUAAACCAGGAUCGCUGUCUCAACAUGAGCUACGCGGGGAAGAACGCACGCCUCGAUCCAAGAAAAGAUCAUCCGAGGCUUCUUUCUCACCAGAAGCUCCAACAAUGAACACCGAUCCAAAUCAUCUGAUGCGUCUUCUCAGUGGACUUCUGAUGGCUCAACAAUCACAAGCCCCAGUUGAAACACCAACCCAGGUGACUGCUCCAGCUGACUGGGUCAACACUCUGAUGCAAGUCAACCCCGCUCUGCUUCCAAUCUUGACACCAAUGCAACCAUCGUCGGCUACAUCCACUUCAUCCGAUAUGGAGAGUUCAGAACCAGCUAAUUUGGAUACCGUCUUGGCAUCAAUCGGUAACAACAACGUUGGUGAAGCAGCAUCGACACCGACAUGCGAUGAUGUUACAAGUGGAGCCGAAGAAGAGAAUAUUGAUGUGGCUGAUGAUGGAAAGGAUCUCCUUGUGAAGGCCGUCGGAGUCGACUUCCUCUCCGUCAAGACUGAGCAACCAGUUAGUGCUUCUUACGACAGCGCUGAGUCAGGAAUUGGAUCGGGACCAACGACCAACACUCCAAGCCCAUCUUCUACCUCUCCACCAAAUACUUCGAUUUCACCAGGAAGUGCCGCCAGCAUUGUCACCGAUGCCAUUCAUCAGGCCAAGCGUGCCAACAAACGACGCUCGGUGGACGACAUCUGCUUCAAUCUUGUCAUCAAGAGAUCUUUUGCCGAUUCCAAGCUCCACUGUUGA